GGGGAAGAGAAAAGAAAAAGCCUGAAAAGGUAAAACCGAUUUAUUAUUUUGCCAGAGUCGAGAAAAUUAGAUUUAUUAAUUGAUUAAUAACCUCUUUCUUCUUCUCCCAAUUUCCAGCAUCAUCCUCUUCGAUAAACCACCACAUCCUCUGAAACCCUAACCUGGAGAUUCGCCGCCUUCUCCAGAAUAAUCUAUCUAUUCCCUUGAAUUUCCAGAUACUUAUAAAACCGGAUCGGAUCUUUCUCUAGAUCCGUUCUAGGUUUCCUUCAAUUGUCUCUCACAUCCGGAUGCAAAAUCUUGACUCGGAUUCAUCAUCAUCAUCAUCAUCACCAUUAUAAUUAUAACCGACGACGAGAGAGAUGGUUCCGAAAGAGGACGAUUCGAUUGAAAUCCGCGAGGUCUGGAACGAGAAUCUUGGAGCGGAGAUGUCUCUGAUUUCACAAGCCAUCAACCAUUUCCCGUACGUGGCCAUGGACACAGAAUUCCCAGGAAUCGUGUGCAAGACAGUAACGACAGACGAAAACCCAAAGCGCAACGAAUUCAACUGCUACGAAUCCCUGAGGACGAACGUGAACAUGCUAAACCUGAUUCAGCUCGGCCUCACAUUAUCGGACGAGCAAGGAAACCUCCCGACCUGUGGAACCAACAACAAGCAAUGCGUCUGGCAAUUCAAUUUCAGAGAAUUCAACCUAAAAACGGACGUGUUCGCCAUGGAUUCCAUCGAGCUCCUCCGUCAAUCAGGCAUCGAUUUCGCGAAAAACAACCAUUUGGGCAUCGAGUCAAGACGAUUCGCGGCGCUGCUAAUGUGCUCAGGGGUGGUGCUUAACGAUAAGGUACAGUGGGUUACGUUCCACUGCGGAUACGAUUUCGGAUACUUGCUGAAGCUUCUUACCGGGAAGGAUCUGCCGGAGGAUCAAUCGGAUUUCUUCCUUCUGGUCAAGACGUUUUUCCCGACUGUCUACGACAUCAAAUACCUCAUGGAUUUCUGCAACGGUCUCUGGGGCGGUCUGAGCAAAGUAGCCGAGCUGCUUCUUGUCAAACGAGUCGGGAUUUCGCACCAGGCCGGGUCAGAUAGUUUGCUUACUUCGCGUGUGUUCAGGAAGAUGAAGGAGAAGCACUUCACUGGUUCCAUGGCUAAAUAUUCUGGUGUUUUGUAUGGAUUAGGAUGUGUUUACAAACCUCAGCUCCUCGCUGAAAAGAAAAUGAAAAACUAAAAAAAAAAAGAUAAUAAUUUAAAAAGCAGAGUUUUUUUGUUUUGUUGAGA